AUGGGAGUUUUAAAUAUAGACUUGAUUGGAAGAAUAGGAGACUAACUUUUUACUUUUGAAAAAGAAAGUCCUAAAAAAACAGCUAUAACUUACAUGCUUGUAGCUUAAAUUUUAUUUUCGAUUAUGUAUACAAUAAUAGGAUUUCUUCGCACUGAAUAUACAACAAUAUAAAUAUUAUAUUUUAGAAUGCUUUAUAGCUUUAUCUUUAAUACAUCUUUUUGCAAAGGAAAGGAUCUUGAUAUUUAUGUUCCGAAUGGAUAAGCCUUAAAGUUAUUGAUAUUAAGAGGAACUCUAGGAGCUUCAGCUAUGAUACUUAUGUUUGCAAGCUUCGAAUACAUGAAUCUUUCAGAUUGCGUUGUAGUUAAUAAUCUUUCUCCAAUCUGGACAAAUGUAAUGGCAAUAUUUUUAUUAGGAGAGAAAUUUUAAAAAAAAGCAUUAGUUUGCUUUGGAUUAGGGUUUUCGGGUGUUAUAUUUAUGAGUAGACCAUCAUUUUUAUUUGGUGAUGUGAGUUCUUAAGAAUCAAAAAAUGAAAAUAUUAACUAGCUUUUAGGUUCUUUACUAGCUUUAUUAGGGAGUGUUAGUGUCGCAUAUAUGACUAUUAUUUUAAAAAAGCUAACUACAAUCUUUAAGUGUCACAAUGCUGUUUAAUAGCAAUACAGUUAUAUCAUAACUAUAUUUUCAACUGCUUCACUGCUAUUAAUUUACCAAUAAGCAUCAUUUGAUAUAUUAAAUGUACGAUUUUUAGCCCUUGGGUUAUUUCUAUCUUUUAUAGGAUGGAUUGCUUAACUCCUUUUUUCAAGAUCAUUUGGCCUAGAAGAAACAUCUAUAAUAGCUCCUAUUAGUUAUGUCAAUACAUUCAUCACAUUCUUAGUUGACAUUUAUAUUUUCAAUUCUCAUAUUGAAAUAACGAGUAUUAUUGGCUCAGCUCUUAUCAUAUUAGGAAGCUUAGGGGUAAUUCUUUGA